GGCACCCACAGUGGAAGUUUUGUGGAUGCCUCAGUACCCAGGGCCCUGCGAAGACAGCACCUGUGACUUAAAGAAAGCAGGCAACGUCAUGAGGCAGAAAAAUAAUGCCCGGGUCAACCUCCCCAACCUGGUCACCUUUAUAUAUGUGCUGGCUAAAACUGGGGAAAAUGGAAGUCUAACAACAUCUAAAGGGCACCAGAUUGGAGAAGGUAGAAAUAGCAUACAGGUAAGUUAGGUCCAAGCCUACCCCAGAAAUAGCCCAUAGUAAAAUAAGUGUAUUCUACUAUUUAGCAGUAUGUUAAAAUACUUUACUCAUAGCUCCCCACUUUCUGUUUGAGCUACCAUAAAUUUCUAAAGUCCUUGGGUAGCAUCCAACUAAUGUAUCCAGUCAGCACAAAGAUUUAUUCAUGUGCAACAGUACUCCACCCACCCACCCACCUCUCCUCCACCCUUCAAGAUCCCCAAACCUACUCCAGAAGGCUGGGCAACUAGGAUGGAGCAUAUUGCAUAUCUUGAGAGAGGCAGUUCCACAGCCAUGGGGCCACCACAGAAAAGGCUGCAUCCCUUGUAUGUACCCCCUGCCUUCCCUUCCAUUGCUCCAGGAUCUUCUCAGCUGGUCACGUGUUUCAGACCUCAUUCUUGCAUGUCUAUUACAAUUUUCUGCCUACUAAGAGAAAAGUACAGGUAAAGGACCCCUGGACAGUUAAGUCCAGUCAAAGAUGACUAUGGGGUGCGGCGCUCAUCUUGCUUCAGGCCAAGGAAUCCGGUGUUUGUCCACAGAAAGCUUUCCAGGUCGUGUGGCCAGCAUGACUAAACCGCUUCUGGCGCGCAGAGGACCAUGACAAGUGCUAGAGCGCAUGGAAGUGCCAUUUACCUUUCCGCUGCAGCGGUACCUAUUUAUCUACUCUCACUGGUGUGAUUUUGAACUGCUAGGUUGGCAGAAGCUGGGACAGAGAAAUGGGAGCUCACCCUGUCGUGGGGAUUCGAACCGCGACCUCCCAAUCAGCAAGCCCAAGAGGAUCAGUAGUUUAGUCCACAGAGCCACCCACUCCCCGCAAAUGUACUGCUGGGAGCACACUAGAAAAUUGUUUCCCAAAUGAAAGAUUUCUAAAAAGAGUGAGGAGAUUAAAGUGGAAUAUGGUACUCUUGUGAUGAGCAGUAGAAUUCCCAAAGUUUUGGAGUUGCUUGAUAACAGUGUUAGCCCACUCCCUGUCUGCUGAAAAUAGAAGGUUAUGUGCUUUCACCAUUUCUUCCUGCUGAGAUCUUUUAUAUUUAUGGUGUACAUUUCCUUCAUUUUAAAAAAAAAAAUGGAGGAAACUAUGCCUUUCUAGGAUAAAUAUCUUUAAAAAAACAACGCUGAGUUUGUAUAAACAAAAGAAAGAACCUUUGAAUCUGGAUUUUGUUCUGUUUGAGCGAGCAGCCGUCUGUCUCAAUGAACUGCACACAUUACACUUCAUCCUCCAGAGAUUCUCAUCACACAAGUUAGAAUGAGUGAAAACAUGCUUUUAUCUUGUUCUAAAAGGGACAGAAUUCACAACCUCUUUCCAACCCAAGCAAAGCACAGCAUAUGGGAAAUAUUGUAAUUGGGGAAAGCAUCCAUUGGGCAGUCAGGGGGUAAGGGGAGAUUACAGAAUCUCCCCUUACAGAAUUUUUUUUUUACCUGUAUAAAAUUAAUGCUGGAUGUUAAAUCAUCAAAUGAAAAUAUCAAGAAGAUUCUCCGCAGUCCAUAUCAAGCAGUGAACUAUUUUUCAAUUCCAAAAUACAAUCCUCUGAAGAUUACCCGCUUAUGAUUUUUUAACAUUUUACUCAUUUAGCUGUAUCAUUAACUAUAUUUCCAUGUGGUCCACAGAUAACCCAAAAAAAAACCCCGUUCUUUAGAAACAGGACUAUCAGAUGAUUUUAAAAAGUGAUCCCUGUGCCAUUUUUCUGGAAUAUUGAAACAAUGACAGCGAUAGCACAUCUUGUUCAAUAUUUCAGUUCUCUUGUACCUUGAUGCGUAAGUGAAUCAACUAAUCCCACACUGCAACAACAACAACAAAGUAAAAGGGCUUUACUUUGACUAAAUCACAUUCUAGGUAUGUAGGCAAGUAUAAUUUGUGUUUUGUCCAGGAAAGGAACUUCCAGAAGGGAAAAAAAUGGGCAAAGUGAUGGAAAAGAGCUAUAUCAAAGGCACAACGAGUUUACUGGUGCCAGCACAAAAGAAGGUCAUUCCAAACAGUAACUAGAUUCUCCCAUAAAUGAUUAAAUAAGACAGCCAGUUCUCUAUGAAUUCAUAUUGUUUGCAUCCAUGGUGCACCUGUUCACUAAUGUGCUCUUUUGAGUAUGGAUAGGAAAUGUGAUCUGGCCUCACCUUAAUGUUGUUAUUAGAAGAAUGCAUACAAUGCAAAUGUCUCUGAAAAAAGAGAUGUCAUACAAAGGAGGACAACUGAACUUUACUGUGAUGCUAGCAAGGAAGCAGGUGUUGUUUUGGAAAAACUAAUCUGUAUAUCUUCUCUUACUGUAGGUCAUGCGGCAAUAAUGCUGAUAGCCCCUCCCUGGAAAACCUCCCCUCCCCCCUCCCCCCCAAAACCCUUUCCAGAUAGGAAAUAAUAUCUAAUAAAAUGGGUGUAUAUUGAAUGUCAGGAUUUAGGCAUUCAUUAUGAGACACCAAACACAUGCAAAGCUAAUAGGACAUCUCUAAACUGUCAUGCUGGCUCCUCACAUUUCCCAUUUUAUGCUGAACUGUAGGUAAGUCUGGUUGCUUUCUCAUACCUUUUUAUGUUUAUUUGACCUUCCCAAUUCAAAGUCUGGAAUAUAAGGGUGAUUUCGCUCGCAAGGCUAAAGCAACUUGUGUCAACUGGAUUUUCUUGAACUGCUUUAAAUCUCUCAAAACAGUAGAAACAAUAAAUUUGCAAGAAAUGUUAAUUGUUUAAAAGCAUAUCUCAAGGGAUGUGCAUUGGAUUGGGUUGACUCACAAGGCAAAGCAGGAUACCUUGGACUGGAUUCUCAGAGUUGAAGUGCUCUUUCUAGGAGGUGGCACCUUUUGGGCACCUUGAUGAUGUGGGCAUCACACUAAUGCUAUGGUCAAGCAUUUGCUGAAAGCAAAAUAAAUUAAGUUUACCAUAACUCCAGAAUGGGAUGGUGGAUGAAACCUAAAAUUUGCAAGAUUUUUCCUUUGCCAAUUGUGGCCAAAAAUUUAAAAAAAUGUUAUGGGUGGUUUUUUCAUUUUUUAAAAAAGGAAAAAACACAAAAGGUCCUGGACUUAUUUGCCUAUAAUUUGGAAGUCUUUAACCACUUCAUAGAGUGGUUGAAGUUUGCCAAAUUAUAGAGGUCAUUAUAUUACAGUGGUACCUUGGGUUAAGAACUUAAUUCGUUCUUAACCUGAAACUGUUCUUAACCUGAGGUACCAUGUUAGCUAAUGGGGCCUCCCGCUGCCGCCGCUGCGCCGCCAAAGUGCGAUUUCUGUUCUCAUCCUGAAGCAAAGUUCUUAACCCAAGGUACUAUUACUGGGUUAGUGGUGUCUGUAACCUGAAGUGUCUGUAACCUGAAGUGUCUGUAACCCGAGGUACCACUGUAUACAGAUUUCAUCCAAAUUUGUCCAAAGAAAAAAAGUUAUAACCAGAGCACAUGGAAACGCCGUUUACCUUCCUGCCACAGUGGUACCUAUUUAUUGACUUGAACUGGUGUGCUUUCAAACUGCUAGGUUAGCAGGAGCUGGGACAGAGAAACAGGAGCUAACCCCAUCACAGGGAUUUGAACCACCAACCUUCUAAUCGGAAAGCCCAAGAGGCUCAGUGGUUUAGACCACAGCGCCACCCGCAUUCCUUUUUUGCUGCUAUUACCAGCAUACAUCUAGAGUAUUGCACCAUGCCUGUUCCUUGACUCUUUGGUAACAUCUGAUUGGGGUGUAUAGGGGGGUGUACAGUUUAGUUGUGUACUAUUUACUGAGAACUAACUUACAUUGAGUUCAGUUAUGCUUACUCCAAAGUAAGUGAGUAGAGGAUUACAGCUAGAUUUACCUCCUACACCAGUGCCACCCUAACCACAUUGCCAUUCCUAUUCACAUGGCAUGCUUCCAUCAAAUACAACUGGAAUUUCCAUUUAGUAAUAGUUCCCACUGCUGGUAAGGUAUAGGCCAGGACUAUGUUACAGAAAUAAAUAAAAUGGAAUAACCUAUUUUCUUAGAUUAAGGGGCUCCUAUUAUCUCAAACAUCUCAUUAACUGUGAAUGAAGCAAUGGUAUGAUCACCAGUUUUGCAUUCCCCAGUGCAUUUAUGCACCAUCUGCCACAGUUUCAAUAGAGCUGGAGAUGUUUUUGUAGAAUGUAGGUUUGUAAUAUAUAUAUAUAUAUAUAUAUAUAUAUAUAUAUAUAUAUAUAUUUAGCAAUAAGAAGUUUGAAUGUCAAUCAUUGUAAAAUUAAAGAACUCAGGUGGCUUAUCUGAAUCUCCCCAACUGGAACAACUUCUGUCAGUCAUCAAGACUGGGUAUUGCCAGCAUUGUAACAAGACAGCGCUAAACCGUCUUUGGUGGUCAGAUCAAGACCUUGUCUGCUUUAGAUCUAUCCCUGGGGGAUUUGAAGUUCAUAAAAGAUUCAUGCUGGGAGAAUAACUGGAAAGAUUGUCUUCCUGAUGACAAUUUAUUUAAUAGAGAAUCAACAUCUAGACAUCUCAGAAUACAAAAGAGUUUUUGACAGCCCAAAGCCACCUUCGGUUAGCAACACAAGAUUUUCAAACCAUGUUUCACAAAGUGGAUUAGUGAGAAUUAUGUAUAGUCACUAUGUACAGCAAUGACUUUUUAAAUGAUUUGUAAUUCCUGGGGAAAGAUCCCUCUCAAUAUGAAAACAAGACCUUCCAUCAGGGCUUCAUUGUUGCUGUAAAACAUUCCCUGCUGUAUGUAUGUGACCAUGUGUGACUAUUUGAUGUAACAAAUUAACUCUUGGCACGAUUUGAGAAAGAGAGAACAUUAGAUGAUAGAUAGAUAGAUGAUAGAUAGAUGAUAGAUAGAUAGAUAGAUAGGUGAUAGAUUAGAUGAUAGAUAAAUAGAUAGAUGACAGAUAUAGCUCGAUAAGCAAACAGCUACAUUUGUUUUCCUUUGGAGAUAGGCUUAUUAAGUACUUUCAAAUACAGAAAUGCAUUAUGGUUAACCCAACCCAAUUUCAGAUAUCCUUUCAGUCAUCUACCAUGCUAUCUCUAGCAGGGAGUCACAGGUACUGGUUUGGCAAAGAAUGCCUAAAACAAAAAGAUGUGAUGCCAUUCAUUUUCCAUGAAUUUAGCUUGCAAUCCUAUCAUUUGCAUCCUGCUAUGUAAAUGCUACAUUUAUUAGAUAAAGCAGAAAAUAAUACAGUACUUAGGAGUGGCUCAAGUGUUGCAGCAAAUGACAGAUGAUCUAUCAUUCUUGGCUCAUUCAUUUCAAGCUCUCCCAGUAAGCAUUUAGAGAAAGUUUGUGUUUUUGUCACCAAGGCGUCUCCUGGAUUUGUAGCUUUGGCACAAGCCAACUGAGUGUAGGUCAUACCUGCAUUACUCCUGGGGAGUUUGUUGUUCAGUUGCAUUACCCAUACGCUGAACAUAGCAGGUGCUACCAUUCUGUGAGUUGGGAAAGUGGAUGUCACCAUUUUGUGAGCUGUUACUUCUACUAGCACAUGGAUCAAGACCAGGAACAGACCAGAUGAAGAUGCAGAGCAGGAAGGGAGCCCCAUGCAGAUUGUUGUACACACUACUUUUAGUUUAAAAUCACACAAGCUUGGAAUAAUGCCCUGCAGCAUGCAUGGCUGAUAGUCCUCAAUACAUAUAUCAGGUAAGCAUGCUCAGCUGGCCAACUUGGUAUUAUGAGCUAGGUAAACACAAACUUCAGUGCUACCAUCAAAGCACAUUUGCUAGGAAAAUGCAAAGUGGAGUUGGAGGCAAGAGAGGUGGAAGAAGCUUUAGUAGGUGGGUGGACAAGGCUCAGGUUGGAACCUUGACCAUCUGCCAGGGCUGUCUCCAUCCAGAAGCUUCAUCCUCAUUAGCCUAUGGUGACAGCCUCCGGUUAAAAUGAAACCCAUUUCAUUGUCUCAACUUCAGGACUAACAGGCAACAUGCUCUAAUUCGAUCUUCUCUUACUUGUGUGAUUCUGUAUCACUUUGUAUUAUCACCCAACAAAUCAGAUAUGUUUCUGGCUAGGGGUGAGUAGGAUGAAUGCUGCAGGGUUAUCCACUGUUUACCACCACCACCAUUUCUGGACAUUAUGUGGGUUUAAAAAUGUAUGUUCAAAUAGAUGUGGAUGGAGACAUUGAUCUCAACAGGCACAUGAGACACAUGGAAUUGCAACCACUUUCCCCCCUGAGAACUUGGGAAAGCCCAUGAGGUUUUGAGAGUGCUCAAAGAAAAUAGUCUCAGAAACCUGCGCAUUUAUUUUUUAUUUUUUUGAGGUGAAUAUAGGGGUGUUUGUGCACCCUCUGAAGGUUAGAAGCCCACAAAUAAAGAUAUCAAUUUUAGUUAUUACUUUCAAAAUAUACAGUGGUAUGCUAGAGAUGUUCCCCCAACUCCCCCAAAAUUAUUUGUUCACAUAUAACAAGGACUAUUUUCUUAUUUCCUUUCCAAAUAAUUGCUUGCACUGAAACCAUCUCAUGUCAAAACUAAUUCCAAAGCAUUUGGCUGUAAGAAAUACUAUAGCUCCUGUCCUAUAUCCACUUUCAUGGGAGUAAGCUCCAGUUAGCUGAAUGGGACUUAGUUUUGAAUAGCAAUGUGCAUAAUUGUGCCCUAAGUUGCUUAUUAUGUGGAACUCCUUAAGUUUUGAUCCUAAGGAAUUCACAUCUUUAUAGAACGGGCAACUGGCUAGUAAAUAUUGUUGCUGUUGUUUUUAGGCCAACUCAAUAAAGAUAGAUUUUUGCAAGAUGUAGAUUUUCAGAAACUGUGUGUCCUCAAUAUGGGAAUGAAACAAAUACAGCAAAAAGCAUUUUAAAAAAAUAACCUUUAUUACAGGGGUGAGGAACCCUUUCUAAACCAGAAGAAAGGACCAUAGCUCAGUGGUAGAGCAUGCAGAAGGUUCAAAGUUCAAACUGGGCAGGGGUGCCAACUAUAGGGGGCCUUAGGGGCCCAAGCACCCAGACAAUAUUUGUUGUGGGUGCUCAGCACCCACACUGCAGGACCCCUGAUGCAACUUCCAGUGCCUUGCAAAGCACCAGAGGUCAUGCCUGAGGCCUUGUGAGACCUUGGAGAUGCCGUCUGAGGCCUUGCAAGACCUUGGGACCUGACUUCCAGUGCCACAAGAGGCUGCGGGGCAUGUGAUGUCAUGACGUCACAUCGCAAUGUCACGUCAUGAUGUCAUGUCGCACACGCUGGGCACCCAUAACCUGGGGCCCAAAUCAGCACCCCUGAAACUGGGGCAUCACUGAGUAGGGAUGGCAGACAUUCCCUGCUUGGAACCUUGGAGAGCUGCUACAAGUCAGUGUAGACAAUACUCUGGAAAACGGACCAAUGGUCUGCCUAAGUGUGAGACAGUUUCCUAUGUUCCUAUUCCCUCACAGGGAAUCUUCUGGUAGAGUUGCCAUAUUUCAAACAGUGAAAAUCCAGGCAGAAAAGUUGUUGAGUUUUUUGGGGCCAAAGUUACGGCCAGACAGUGAUGCCAACUGCAGUAUUCCAGAUAUGCCCAGAUGUAUGGCAACCCUAUCUUCUGGGGACUGUGUGCCAGUGGGUUGUGUGUCAAUGGAGAGGACCCUUAGCUCUGUAGACUAAGCUAUAUUCCAGCUAUGCAAAAGCCAAAUGUUUCUGCAUCCUCCUCCACCUCUCCCUACAAGCAAGAAAGAUGCAUUGUGGUAGUUCAAGGACACAUUCCAGCCAGGCAAAAAUACUCAAAGAGGGUGCAGAACAGGGCCAGUGAGGGGGUGAUCUGAUGAGAUGAAAUGGCCUCGAUCCUGAGAGCCAGAUAAGGAGGUCUGAAGUGCCACAUUCGUAUACACCCACCCCAGGCUUGCAGUUACCUGCUCCAGCUUUAUUGCUUCAUUCAACCUAUAUCCCAUCCAUUCUGUCUAUUUGCUUACUCCUAAGGUUUUUUUUUUUUUUUGAAACUGAGUGAUAGCAUUCAGAACAUGAAGCACCAGCUUUACAUAUCAGAUGCUUCCUGGUAUCUCCUAUCACGGAGGGCAUGAUAUCGCUGUCAUUUGAGCACACUGCUACUUAACUAACAAACAGUGUAGGAUGAACUUUUGAGCUGCUGUGCAAGUUCAAACCUUUCUGUGUGGAGAAGUGCAAAAUCUGAUGUCAUCAAAAGUGAGGACUAAAAGUAUCGGCAUGGAUUUAUGUAUAACAUUAGGGCUAUUUCUAUUCUGAUGAGAAGUAGUGGGUGUGCAAUUUGGAUAGUUCGGUGCUAAUGUAGUUUUGAAGCCCCCAUCUGCCUUGGCACUAAAAAUCCCACAAUUGGUCUCAUAAAAAAAGUCCCUUUACAAUUUGCUAAUUAUAUCAGUGUUAUCUGACAGGUCUAAUUACGGCCUUAAAGAAUAUAUGUACAGUGUGUGUGUGCGCGCACACACACCACACACACACUGUAUACAAACAGGUUUUCAAAACCAUGCCUUCUGGUAGAUUAACCUGGGGUGAUGCAGACAGAACACAACAGAUGGGUAUUAUUUUAAUUUAACAGGGUGUAUCCCAUAUCCACUGUAAAUAAAUGCAAUAUUUCCUCCUAACUUCUGAAGAAGCUAGAAAUUAAGGCAUUGCAUACUCUCCCUAUUUUGUACAUGAGCUUGGAAAGUUCAUUUUUAAAAGCAACUAGUUCAAGUUCAACUUGUCCAAAAAGGAAUAGAUUCCAGUUCCCACUUGUCCUUUUAUACAAAAUGAACUAGUUGGGUUCAGGUUCAGUUCACAGUUCUAUUCAAAUUAUCCAAAUGCUCCUUGGCUAUUUCCCCCCAGCAUUCAGAAUGCUGAGAGCUGCUGUGCUAAAGAGUAAAACAUACUUAAGAAGAGUGGAUUGCAAAAUGAUUAAUUUGUUUUUCUCAACAAUUAUCAUGUUUAAGCUUAAAAACUCAAAGAGUCUAAAGAAGAAGGGAGACAUUCGAAGUUCUACCCCCCCCCAUAAACUUCAUGUUCAAUUCACCCCACAGCAAUUAUGGGAACAACUUUCAGGUGUAGUUGAGAGAUUUUUGAACUAAUUCAUUGAACAUUGUUAAAACAAAUUAUUUUUUCCAAAUACAGUCUACACCACAGCUUGGAUACAGAUUAUCCAACACUUCUACUUGAACCCCAGCUUUCUGGUACAGCUUCCAUUUAUUUUCUGUUCCAAUCUCCCCUGGAUCCCAGUAACAACCUCUGAAUGGCUAUUGGUGGGGAACAAGAGAGGGGUAUUUUCAGUGACUGCACCCAGACUCUGAAACUACCUCCCAAUUUUUAGCCUUAGCUGCAAAGACCUGGGUUGCCUAUUUUUAUUCUGCUGAGCUGUUUGUCUGUUAUUAGUUAUAACUUGCUCCUGUUCAUUUUGUCCUUAUCAUUUUAGUUGCAUGGGUGUGUUUGCACUAAAUAUCCUGGAAUUGGUCUCCUGGGGGGGGUCUCUUUUAUAGCUGUGUCACCUAAUUAUAGCUAUGUCAUCUGACAGGUCACACACACACACACACACACACACACACACACACACAUAUAUACUAGGUCUGCAAUUCUGACCAAAAAGUGAGCAACCAUUUGCUAAACUUCAACUCUGCAAACCCCAGCCUAUCAGAUUUAUCAAUAAUCCCGGGUUCAAUUCCCAGGGUUUCCAAAUAGGUAUGGGAAUGACUCUUUCCUGAAACCCUGGAAAACACUGCCAGUCAGUGUCAGAAUACUGGGCUAGUUGAACACAUGGUCUUUUUUGGUAUUGAUAUUUACAAAAAUGCUUAUAUGACACCAUCUCACGUAAUAUAUCAAGGUGGUGUACAGCAAUAUAUACAAACACAUUGUUCCUAUGCCUCCCUCCAAAUGCCCUUUUCACUCCAGCCCAGGCCUGACUUCCUCUUCUGGCAGCAGAAAUGGGAUGCAGCAAGGGCGGGCAGUCUCACCCAUCCAUCUUUUCUCUUUCCAAUUCACCACUAUUAGGGCUACAAGGAAGGGCUUAGGAAUGCACUGAAAUGUGGCUUCCCCAGAACUUUCAGUCUAUUGUGUUUAUAUUGUAUCUGUAGUGACCACCACAAGUUGAUGGUAUUUCUGAGGUAGGAAAGACAAAUCUUGCAAAUGUCACUCAUGCUAAUAAUAAUAAUAAUAAUAAUAUAUUUAUACCCCACCCAUCUGGCUGGGUUUCUCCAGCCACUCUGGGUGGCUUCCAACAAAAGAUUAAAAUACAUUUAAACAUCAUACAUUAAAAACUUCCCUAAACAAGACUUCCUUCAGAUGUCUUCUAAACGUUAGAUAGUUGUUUAUUUCUUUGACAUCUGAUGGGAGGGUGUUUAACAGGGCAGGCGCCACUAUUGAGAAGGCCCUCUGCCUGGUUCACUGUAACUUUGCUUCUCGCAGUGAGGAACUGCCAGAAGGCCCUCGGAGCUGGACCUUAGUGUCCAGGCAGAAUGAUGGAGACAAUGCAUAGAAUCUUACAACAGGGUGAGACCACAAAAGGCCAAGCAUUCCAUCCUCCUGUAACAAGACAGGACUGCUCACACCAGUUUCCUGCAAAUCAAACUCUGGCAGUUCAUGCCAUAGCUUGCCACAGGCUGAGAACAUGUGAACCAAAUUACAUUGACAAAAACAGCAUCUGAUGACACAAAGCAAUUAAAAGACACCUUCUAAAAGUGGGGGGGGGGGAGAGGCAAAAGCAAAGCAAAAUAAAACAAAACAUAUAGCACAAGCACAUACUCUCCUCUUAUCAUUGCAUCUACCUCUCAGUAGAAAAGAGAUUUCAACAAAACAAAUGGACAGUGAUUGCCUUGCAUGCUGGUUUGCAUUGCUAUGUAACUACUUUGCAUUAUUCUUAGCUGCAGCAGUAUUUUUUCAGAUUGUGAAUUACUUGACACAUAAGGAAUCUCCAAGCAGUUUACAAAAAUAUAAAAAUAUCAGAAAAAAGAGCAACAUAUUGUGAUUAAAACUGAACAAACGACUAUAUAUUUUUUAAGUUCUUUGUCUUAUUUGCUAUGCAUUCAGACACCUCUUAAGACAUACUAACCACAUUUUGCAUGAAGGUUCCUGAGAUCAAGGAGCAGGUUUUCGCUGUGUUUGGAAACAAAUGGACACCAUUUAAAAUCAAUAUGCUGGAUUCAAACUUUCAGACUGCACUGAUUUCAAAACUUGCAGUGAUCUUUUGCUUUUUAGGAAUUCCUGAGCAACACUGAGUACAAGGCUGCUUUGUUUAGUUGUUUAGUCGUGUCCGACUCUUCGUGACCCCAUGGACCAGAGCACGCCAGGCACUCCUGUCUUCCACUGCCUCCCACAGUUUGGUCAAACUCAUGUUUGUAGCUUUGAGAACACUAUCCAACCAACAAGGCUGCUAGUGACCUAUAAAACACAUAGCACCCAAAACUUCAGCAGACACAUCAUCAACAGACAGCAAAACCAUCAUAAGCCAGCAAAUGUCAGGGAGAAAAGAUACGUUUUUUGACCUGGUUACAAAAGGAUGUUAAUGAUGACACCAGGCAGACUUCACUGGGGAAGCGUUCCACAACUGGGGAGACACAACUGAAAUGCUUCCCUCAGAGGGGGCACCUAGAAAAGGGUGAAGAUUUAAUGAUAAGUUCAUAUUGGGAGAGGUGCUCCAAAAGAUUGGUUCUGGCAGUUAGGAAUUUGAAUGAUAACAUAAUACUUAUUCAUAAAUGUUUUGAUUCUCCUUUUAUCAACAGAUCACCAGAAAGACUGCCAUGGGCUCCCCCUACACAGAGAUGGAAAUGGCAACUAUUUUCUUUGCUGUGCUGGUAUUUCUUCUCUGUACAGCAUUUGGAAUCUGCGGUGAAAAUAUCAGUUGGUUUAAUGGUAUGGAAAUUGCCAGCUUCAACAUCCCUAUAUGAAUAGUGAUACCUUGGAAUGCUACAUUAGGCAAUUAUAUCAGAACAAAGGCCACCCUCUGUGGCAGCAAUAUUGUGACUGGCACCCCCAACACUCUCUCAAAAUUCAAAAUGUGUCCAGUAGGUAGUCCAAAAUGGUUGGCAGCCCCUGCUUACUGCAGUGCUUGAAGUGGGGUAGGUAAAAGGUAAAGGUACCCCUGACCAAUAGGUCCAGUCGCGGAUGACUCUGGGGUUGCUGCGCUCAUCUCGCUCUAUAGUCUGAGGGAGCCGGCAUUUGUCCACAGACAGCUUCUGGGUCAUGUGGCCAGCAUGACUAAAUCGCUUCUGGCGAACCAUAGCAGCACACAGAAACGUGCUUUCGAACUGCUAGGUUGGCAGGAGCAGGGACGAAACAACGGGAGCUCACCCCGUUGCGCGGAUUCAAACCGCCAACCUUCUGAUCAGCAAGCCCUAGGCUCUGUGGUUUAACCCACAGCACCACCGGCAUCCCCAAAGUGGGGUAGAGUGCGUCCCAUCACUAACAGCAACCCUCCCUAUCCACUAGCAUUCUCUUCCUUUAAACUACCUCAAGUUGUUAGAGUUGGAAUACUUGGGAAGCCCCAAUAUUCAGGCUGCCAUUGACAUGGUAGCUGGGGAACGACAUACAUAGACAUUUUACUAGACCAGAUUUCAUGAGAAUCUCAUUACAAGAUAGCUGCAAACAAAUAAAUAUACCUUUGUUUUGUUUUAAACCACCUCGGCUGUCAACAAGAUGGACUAUUCAUCUCAGCCACAAGGUUGCUAUUACAUUGGAAAGAGUUCAAAACAUCAACAUUUCAAAUAACCAAAAUCAUGUCUUCAUUGCAGAUACAGGACAGAAAUCAAGGGCAUCUUCAGAGGAGCCACUUUAUGUAUGACCUGCUUGUUCUUUCCCUGAAUAUUCAACAUUUGGGCUUAGUAACCAGAAGCUAUCCAAAUAUGCCACAGUAGGUUUUAAAAAGUCAUUUUCAAAGAACACAGAAGUAUUUAGAAAUACCUAGGAUUCAACCAGAAACUGAUUGCUACAAAGCUAAUAUUGCUUAAUUUGAGGUAUGCAUGUGAGCUGCUAUAAAUAAUUAUAACGCCUGUGCUGUUAUCAUUUUGCCCAGCCAAUAUUUUCUGUAGCAUAUUAUUUUAAUUUCUGUUGCUUUGUAAACAAAUAGACUUCCAAAGAGGGAUGCACAAACAUUCCCAAACGGAUUGUCACCUGAUCUCAACUCCUACACAAUUUGUAUUUAUACCCACCAUUAAUACAUGUUUAAACCAAGGAUUCUGAAUCCAGAAAUAGAUCUGAAAGUGUAGUCUGUAAUCAUUUAUGGAUCAACUUAUAAACACUAGUAAGAACUCACGGGCUGAACUGCAAUAAAAAUAACGCUUGGAAAUAUUACUUGGCAAGAGAUGCCCAGUGUCUGAUUUUGCAAGACAUUGAGUAUCUGCAUUGUUGUGACUGGUAUUCUCCACUACCAAGCAUUCCACAUGAAAGAGCAUUUAAUACCAAUGCAAUAAGUACUCAGCUGUUUACUCACAACCCUUGAAAGCACAAUGCAUUGCUCAAAUGUUGAGAGAAAACAUCAGAUCCUUUGAACUGUCCAAGAAAAAGAUCAUUCCUCUCCCCCUUCAGGGUCGACUCAUGCCCAUUUUUUCAUACCCAUUCCCGAAUAUGCAAAUUGUAUAGAUCGUCAAAUGAAAGGGGAAUUAGAUUUGUAUUUAAAAAUUCAGGCAGCCAGCCAUUUUCCUUUGUAGUUCCCCCCACAUUAAUUGGUAUUCACCAGUUAUUUCCUAACAAUAGCCCCCCCUGUUCUCAGCUGAUCUGUAUGGAUCAGCUGAAGAGGGGGCUGUGUGCCUGUGUUUGUGCAAGAGAGGGGGGGCGCCCAUAUUCCCUUAUAGCCACACCUACCACUGCCCAAACCCCUGAACUAGACUGGCAAAUCCUACCCACAUCAGCAACCUGGAGCUGAACCCUGAGCACAUGUAGGGAACUUUAGACCAGAUUAUCUUUGUCUCCAGUGACUUUCACACAUGCAGUUAAUUGUUUGUGGUCCUCCAAAAGGACAUGCUUAGUGCUUUCAGAGCUUCUGGACUAUCAUUGAUCCCUUUUUUUGUUGUUAUCCUGCUGCAGUUUUUACUCUCUUUUGGAUUUUAUGCCUUUGUUUUAUUUGUAUACUUUGUGGGUUUUAACCUUUACUGUAACAUGCCCAAGAACUUUCCAUAGUUGUGCAGCAUAGUAAUAUAGUAGAUCUAUAAAUACAUACACUGAUUCAGGACAUAGUUACAAUUUGCUAAAGACCUUGCACUCAGUUAAAAACAAUAAAUAAAUAAAAACCAUUUUGUCAAAGAUAUAAUAAAAAUGAAACAAACGGAACAAUAGCACUGCAGUGAACUGUUUAACACAUAUGGAAUGCAACCUUCCACUUGCCUAAAAAGAGGUAAGUCCCAUAGAACUCCAUGGGAUUUACUGCUGGGUAAAAAUGUAUAGAUAAGUAUGUAAGGGUGCAGCCUUGAUAUCAAAUCACUGCCUAUUUGUAGGAUUUGAUGCUGACAGUACUUUUUACAUAGGUUGUGAAAAAUGUGCAAAGAUCUGCAACGUUCAGACACACAUUCCAAAUUCACGAUAAUGCCUCACCUGGAGCAUAAUAAGCUAUUAAAAUAUUAACAGGUAUUAAUUGCAUGUAACUAAAACACCUUAUUUUAUCCUCAGCAUAUACCAGGUGGCAUAUACUAUGAGCUGGGGCAUUGUGGAACUUGGGAGGAAAUGAGUCCAGACUAUGUUUUAUUCAUGUUUCAAAAUGGAAUUCUCCAUAGUAUAAGCUUAUAAUCACUUCCAUCAUUUAUUUAAAUAUCAAAUUAUAUCUACAUUAAUUUCACAGUGUUUCUUUACCACGAUGAGGAAAUGCAUCAUAAUGUCUCCUGAGGCUCUGCUGCAAUGUAUCAUCAUGUCAGCACUUUCAAUUAUUGAUGGAUUUUGGCACCUUCAUCCAGAAAUGGGGGGGGGG